CAGACGGCGCAUGCGCACAUGGGCCGGGGCGGGGUUGCCGCCGCCGCCGCGGUCCCUCAGAGGGUGGAUCCCGUCCCUCCCGGGAGGAGGCGCCCGCGCUGAGGCGGCGUCCCCGCAGUUCCCCCGCCGCUGUCGGUGCCUCCGAACAGAUGCUGAUGGACCGAUAUGUGGUUAAACGACCCCUCGGGGAGGCGGGGGGCGGCGGCCCGAAGAGGCUGCGGGCGGACGAGGCCGCCCCGGGACAGCCCCCCUGGCAGGAGAUCCGCGCCGAGGGCCUGAGCUGCGACUACCGGCUCCUCUUCGGCAAGGCCGAGGCUGACGAGAUUUUCCAGCGGCUGGAGGAGGAGGUGGAGUACUUCGAAGGCAAAAUGACGAAAUUGCAUGUGUUUGGCAAGUGGCAUGACAUUCCAAGGAAGCAGGUAACCUAUGGAGACCCUGAGUUAACAUAUACUUACUCGGGUGUUACCUUCUCUCCUAAGCCAUGGAUCCCAGUUCUCAACCAUAUCAGAGACCGCAUCGCUUUGGACACAGGACAUACUUUUAAUUUUGUUCUUAUUAACAGAUAUAAAGAUGGUGGAGACCACAUAGGUGAACAUCGAGAUGAUGAGAGGGAACUGGUUCCACGCAGUCCAAUUGCAUCCGUGUCCUUCGGAGCUUGCAGGGACUUUGUUUUCAGGCACUGUGAUUCCAGGGGGAAAAACGCAACGCGCCACAUUAAGCCCAUCAAACUGCAGCUAGCCCACGGGAGCCUGCUGAUGAUGAAGUACCCCACCAAUGUGUACUGGUACCACAGCCUGCCCACCCGCAAGAGGGUCCUUGCCCCAAGAAUCAACCUCACCUUCCGGAAAGUGAUGACUAUAGCCAAGAAAUGAAAUAUUCAGCAGUCAAGCAUCAGGUCUUUUUCUCUGAAAAUAGCAGCUUUCUUCCCCAACAUAACAGUCAAUUUCUCAUUCAAACACUGUCUUUGAUGAUCCAAGGUACCGGAUGAACAAUUUAAACCAAAAGAGGAGAUAGCGUACUUGGUAACUUGCUAAUAAAGACUGCGAGUACUGAUCUUAAAUGCCAAGAAUACUUUUUCUCCCUGAAAUGUUGCUGUAGUCCUGCUGAUAUGUAUUUUUAAUGAGUAACACCCUUGUUCCACUCAGGAGGAAGUUUGUUCUCAACUGAUAUUAAUCUAGCCAGUUUUCCAAAAAGAUCAAAAUACUCUAUAUCCUUCAGAUAGCAGUGAAAUAGUUUAUAAAUACUAUAAAGUGCAAGAUGUAAUAAUUUAGAGUCAUCCUGGAAGCUGGUACUGUUCAAUAGGUGACACUAUCUUGUAUGUUCUGUUGGUGAGCUAUGGUUUGCUUGUUUUUUUAAAAAUAAAAUACGAAUGAGACUGA